UAAUACAACUGUUUCUUCAACAUGUAGUAGUCUUGGCCGCUGUAGUUGCAAAACCCAGCUGCCAAGACCGGUGUGGGAAUAUAUCCAUUCCUUAUCCAUUUGGAGUCGGUUCGGAAUGCUCUCUCGACCCAUAUUUCAACAUCCACUGCGAUGCUUCCUCCGGUCAUCCAAAACCUUACUUGUCCAUUAUCAAUAAAGAAGUGAUCGAAAUAAAUCAAACUUAUAUUCGGGUCAUUCACCCGACCCUGAUUUCAGCGUGCUAUGAUUUGUCCGACGGUCAACAAGUCAACAGCACAGUUGCUUCAAACAAACAUGGUGUGAUGGUGAACUUGUCGGGAACUCCCUAUACGUUGUCGGUACGGAAUAGGCUGAUGGCCAUCGGGUGUGAUGAUGUGAUGCUGGAAUCAGACGGAAGCUUGGUGAGUGGCGGCGGUUGCUCGGCGUUUUGUGCAGACAAGAACGAUACAGGCGGCGUCGGUUAUUGCGCCUCUAAUGGUUCUACGCUUGAUAAUGGUUGUUGUGAGGCCGAAAUCUCCUAUGGCAAAAUCUUAGGAGCACAACUAAUCGACUUGAGCAGAAAAUUAGUUCGUAAGAAGCUUUUCCCCUGCAGCUUUGCCUUUCUCCAGGAGAGGAUAGAAUUGAACGAAACCAAAUUUUCAUAUCCUCUGUAUUAUCUUGAAAACUCAACGGCCUUGCUUAACGACAAUUGGGCAUCCACAACAAGGCCCCCGGUGGUGCAGCUGGCCUGGGAGGUUGGAGCCGACAACUGCAGUCGAGCUAAGUUGAACUCCUCUACUUACGCAUGUCGAGAUGAGAAGAGUGUUUGUGUUGAUCUCGAUAACGGCGGCUACCUAUGCAGUUGCGUCCAAGGAUACGAGGGCAAUCCUUACCUACUUCAAGGAUGCCAAAGUUAG